CUAACCUUAUUUCUACUUCAAAAUUAAACUUUAUUUUUCAGUCACUAGAACUACGUCGUCCAGCAAAUUCAUGGGAUGUAUUUCAAAAGCUGCACAAAAGAAAGGAUGGCAGCUUUGUUGACACCAAGUCUAAGAGCAUUAAUGAUAAAAUGGAGGCUGUGGUGGCUGCUGCUAUUUCGAGCUCAUCAGAUGGGUCGCAAGAAGUGCUAGAACUCGAUGUAAAUCGCCUGUACUUGGAUGUCGUGGGUGGAGAGAAAAAACGACGUGUGUAUGGAUUGGAAUCUCAAGGUUUGACUAUGUACGAAGACCAAAAUUCUACCACUUCACGCAAUUUAUCUGCGGUGACUGAUCGUAUUGCUCAAGAGCGCAUCAAACUGCUUGAGGAAGAGAUGUUGCGUAUGAGAGAAAAUCAAGAGAGGAUUCUUCAAGAGCGUGUAGAGGCGGAGGCGCAACAACGCGUAGCGCGGGAGGUCUUGCUUUUGAGGCAACAAAGUGAUGAUCGGUUUAAGUCUAUGGAGGAGCGAUGGACCCGUAUGAUGAGCGAGAUGGCGUUAUCUUCUCGCUCAUGA